UGAAGGGGUUGGGUUGCCGGCGAGCGACGAAAGAAAGAAAGAAGCAGCAGCAGCGGGUCUCGUCUGGUCUGGUAGUAACUAGGAGUAGUAGACGGGCACCGGCGGCAGCAGAGUCACCUUCCUUUCAUUUCCUUUCUCUUUUCUCUUUCUUUCUCUCUCUUUCUUGGUGUUGGAAGGCGAAGGCAACCCAGGGGGGGAAGCACCGGAGGAGCCGCAGAUCCCGCCAUGCGGGUGCUCCCGGCGUCGUGGUCCUCCGCCGCCUCCUCCUCCGCCUCCGCCUCCGCGGACCGCCUCAACUCCCCCACCCCGGCGCCGCCGCCGCCGGCCCCUCCUCCUCCUGCUCCAAAAAGCAGCAGCAGCAGCAGCGCGGAGCUGUACCUCAACAUCUACGACAUCUCCCCAAUCAACCACUACCUCUACUGGUUCGGCCUCGGCAUCUUCCACUCCGGCAUCGAAGUGCAUGGCAUGGAGUAUGGGUUUGGAGCCCAUGAAUACCCAACCAGCGGAGUCUUCCAAGUAGAGCCCAAAAGCUGUCCUGGCUUUAUCUUCAGACGCUCCGUGUGCGUGGGUUCCACUGAUAUGUCUCGUUCGGAAGUCCGCAGUUUCAUAGAGGAUCUUGCAGAGGAUUAUCACGGGGACACUUAUCAUUUGAUUGCAAAGAAUUGUAAUCAUUUUACAGCAGACAUCUGCAAGCGUCUGACUGGAAAGCCAAUUCCUGGAUGGGUCAAUCGACUUGCCAGAUUAGGUUCUUUCUGCAACUGUGUACUGCCUGAAAGCAUCAAGGUUUCCGCUGUCAAAGAUGUAACCGAUCCCCCCGAGUUUCCUGAUUCUGUUGCUACAGAUGAUGAUAUGGAGUCUAAUGCAUCCAUUGUUGACGGAAGUGAUGCGGAUGAUUUAGACCAUCUUCUAAUAACCCCAAGUAGCGAUGUUGUAUCUUCAAAAGAUAAGAUAUUAACUCCUGGCAGGGAUAGCUUGUAAUUGCAUGUAUUCUCCAUUGAUAUAGUUCAAGUAUUACUUGUGGGGUUGUUUUCUGAGGAUCAAUCUGAUGAUUUCUUGCUGAGUGGCGAUGUGGCUGGAGGAGGGGUAUGCUGUGGGCAGUCAACCUUGAAUAGUUGAAUGUAUAAUCCAUGAAUGGUAAUUCUGUGUGUCUUACACUAGAGGUAGUGAAUGUGAUUGUCUAACUGUGGCGAAGGGCCAUGUUUCCAUUAUAAGUAUAUGCUGUUUUGAGAGAGGGGAGGGGAGGGGAGGAGUGCGUUGACAGUGUGGUAUGUAUAUGCUGUAACUAGUUGGAGAAUGAUUGACUUCAUUUGAGUUACCUAGGUGGGCUUCCUGUUUUGUUUUGUUGUGUGUAACUGAUUUGUUUGUACAAAUGAAUGAUUUGCAGUUGUGGAAGUUGAAUAGAUGUUCGGUCCGUCUCUCUGUUGUUGUUCUGCCUGCUA